UCUUCAUCUUUUCUUCUUCUUCUUCUCUCCUAUUUUGGAGCUGGGCGGAGCAUAAAGCAAGGAGGAGGUGCAACAAUUUAUUCUCCCACGAACUUUCUUCUUCAUCUGUUUAUGAAACCCACUAAAAUAUUUGGGUCAAAAACCCAGUUGAGAGAUUCUUCCACCAAAUCGACUAUCUACGAUCAAAACUCACAUUUGGGUGAGAGGUGAGGAGGUGUGACAUCUUCAAAGUGUUGGGGGGUUCGUCAAUGGAGGCUGCCUAUGAUGGAAGAGUCUUGGCUACAAAAGACCUAGAUUUUUAGAUUUUGUUAGUAAACUCUAUUUUUUUUAUUGAUUUGGGAAUAUAUAUUUUGAAUGAUUGAGGUGCGACAUCUUCAAAGUGUUUGGCUUGCUUGAUUUGGAGAAGAAGAAGAGAAUAAAAAAUAUGGGUUUGAUGUAUCGAGAAGGAGAGAAAGAGGAUCACUGAGAGAAAAAAAAAAAGAUAAAAGAUAAAAAAACUUAUUUUUAAAAUUUGUUUUUAUUAUUUAUUUUUUAAAAAUUAAUUAAUAAUAUUUUUGAAAAAAAACUAUGAAGUUGACGAAUUGUAAAGUGACAUGUGGCAACUCAAUUAGCCCUAAGUGUAUUUAGAUGAAUUGGUAGUUACUAAAGUGGGAAAUGUAAAGUUAGGUAUUUUUGCCGACGCAAAAAAAAAAAUUAGCUAUAUAAAUGUAUACAACUGAAAAUAUUAAGUAUUUAUACUGCAAAUACCAUUUUUUGAAAUAAACUCUUAUGACCCAAAAAAACUAUAAAAGGGUGGACAGAAUUUUUUUUUCCUUUCAAACACAGCUCUCGCCUUUUUGCUUUGUGGAAGGAAAAAGAAUACUAUUAAUAGAUAGAAAUGUGGCGAUUGAAGAUAGCAGGCGAGGGUGGAAUAAGUAGUGAUGAGAGAUAUAUAUACAGCACGAACAACUUUGUAGGGAGGCAGAUAUGGGAGUUCGACCCCAACGCCGGCACUCCCGACGACCGAGCAGAGGUCGAAGCUGCCCGCCUUAACUUCUACAACAAUCGCUUUCAGGUCAAGCCCAGCAGUGACCUCCUUUGGCGGAUGCAGUUCUUGAAAGAGAAAAACUUCAAACAAACAAUCCCUGGUAUUAAAGUUGGGGAUGAUGAGGCGAUCUCAUAUGAAAAGACUACAAUUACUUUGAGGAGAGCUGUGCACUUUCUUUCGGCCUUGCAAGCUAGCGAUGGACAUUGGCCAGCUGAAAAUACUGGCUUAUUAUUCUUCCUUCCUCCAUUGGUUAUGUGUCUUUAUAUUACGGGUCAUCUUAAUAUCACAUUCACUGCUGAGCAUCGCAAAGAAAUGCUCCGCUACAUAUACUACCAUCAGAACAAAGAUGGUGGAUGGGGACUGCACAUAGAGGGCCACAGCACUAUGUUUGGCACAACUCUCAACUACAUUUGCAUGAGAAUACUAGGAGAAGGGCCAGAUGGUGGUCAAGACAAUGCUUGUGCCAGAGCCAGACAAUGGAUUCUUGACCAUGGUGGUGUAACAUAUAUACCCUCUUGGGGAAAGACUUGGCUUUCGAUACUUGGUCUUUUUGAUUGGACUGGAUGCAACCCCAUGCCUCCUGAAUUUUGGAUUCUCCCUUCUUUUCUUACCAUAUGCCCAGGUUUACACUUUUUUCUUAUAGAACUAUUGUUGUUAAUUAGUGUAUAUAUAUAGGACAAUUUUUCUAUAGACAAUUCUUCCAUAGGGGCUUCAUUUUAAACCCUAUUGAUGAGGCUAUCAGUGUUUCUCAACCCAUGAAUAGUUUUCGGCGUGACUUUUUUUUA